GGAGCACCCCACUUGGCUGCUACCAGAAGCUGAUUGAGUACUAUAAGAAUGGGGACCUGUCCUUUAAAUAUGUGAAAACCUUCAACAUGGACGAGUAUGUGGGUCUUCCUCGAGAGCACCCAGAGAGCUACCACUCCUUCAUGUGGAAUAAUUUCUUCAAGCACAUUGACAUCCACCCUGAAAACACCCACAUUCUGGAUGGGAAUGCGGCUGACCUGCAGGUCGAGUGUGAUGCCUUUGAGGAGAAGAUUCGGGCUGCGGGCGGGAUCGAACUCUUUGUUGGAGGCAUCGGCCCUGACGGACAUGUUGCUUUCAAUGAGCCGGGUUCCAGUCUGGUGUCCAGGACCCGUGUGAAGACUCUGGCAAUGGACACUAUCCUGGCCAAUGCUAGAUUCUUUGAUGGCGAUCUUGCCAAGGUGCCCACUAUGGCCCUGACGGUGGGUGUAGGCACUGUGAUGGAUGCUAGAGAGGUGAUGAUCCUCAUCACAGGCGCUCACAAGGCUUUUGCUCUGUACAAGGCCAUUGAGGAAGGCGUGAAUCAUAUGUGGACUGUGUCUGCCUUCCAACAGCAUCCCCGUACUGUGUUUGUGUGUGAUGAGGAUGCCACCUUGGAGCUGAAAGUGAAGACGGUCAAAUAUUUCAAAGGUUUAAUGCUUGUUCAUAACAAGUUGGUGGACCCACUGUACAGUAUCAAGGAGAAGGAAAUUCAGAAAAGCCAGGCUGCUAAGAAGCCAUACAGUGACUAGCCUGUGCCAAGUCACUUGAGUACCUCAGAAGAAGACAGGCGGGUCUUUCUGGAAAUUGUAAGAGAGUAGAAUUACUUUGCUUCAAUACACUAUGGUUGCUGCAGACCCUUGGCUAGGAACAUACUGGCUGUGGGGAACAUUGAGUUUAGCUAUGGAGAACAGUGUUUAAAACUUUGACCUUUCUUUUUCAGUACUGGGGUUUGAACCUAGGGCCUUGCACAUGCCAGGCAGGUGCUCUACUGAGCUAUGUCCCCAACCUUCUGCCCCUUAUCAUUAUUUUUUUGUAACAAUAGAGAAGAUCUUCAUCAUUGACUGUCAUCAUACCCAAGUGAGGACUCUCAGUUCUCCUGCCCUGACACACAUGGCCAGCACACUCCCACUGAGAAGUUCCAUUUGUGUGUGUGCCUCCUCUUUAGUGGGCAGGGGUUAGUUAGGUCUUGUGCACUUUGGACACAGUCUUUUUGGAGUCUUGAAAGCCCCUCCUUUGCAGGCCUGACCAUUGAGAACAUUUGUUCUAAAGAACACACUUCCAGAACCCGAAUUAUGCACAAGGAAUCUCCUUCCUGUAGGAACCAAGUACCUUAGGGAGAAGCCUAUCACUUGCUCCCAUAGCCUGGAUCUUCUUUUCUGGCUAGCAAUAGCUAGCCUUUCUACAAACAGGUUUUCUGGGUAGGUUUUGGCAUGGGGGGAGAGCUAAGGUGGCUUCCACAGAUAAACUCAGAGUUUCCAAAGGCCACCCAUGUCUUGUUCUUAAGAUUCCAUCAGGAGAAAGGUGGAAGUCCUUUUCCCACCAGAGCUGUGGUUAUUCUCAAAGAAUUCUUACAUACUCCCUAGUAUGGAGGACCACUCAGGUGGAAGACACCGCCAUGAUUCAGUGUCGUUUACCCAAGAUGGAGAGCUGGCACGCCCCAUACACGCAAUGUAUUCUCCUGCGUCAUCAGAGUUGAGUGACAAGAUUAUACACACGUUAGUAUGUUAGUAUUGUCUCCUCGCUUAAAUCACCCUGUCAUUCCCACCUCUCAGGUUUUCAAGGUGUUCUCUGAUGGUCUCAGAGAGUUAGAAGUACAACCUUCGCCCACUUGUUCUUCAAGCCCCCUUCCCAGGCUCCCCUGCUAGGCCUAUAUUUAUCUUCUCCGCUUCUGUGGAGUGGUUGCUGCCUCCUCCUCUGUUCUUUGUGUCUGUCUGAAGUGACAGUUGCCUUUUCUCAGGAGAGGUUUUUCAGAUCCUGGCCCAGGCUCUUCUGGAAGUACUGUGCUUAGUACCAGCAUCUUUGUUUAGUUUUUAUAUGUGAUUGUGCUGUUGUUCUUUGUUAAGCUAAUGAAUCAAUAGACUUGUUUACAAUGUGAUAUUUUCUAUUAAAUCUAAUAUUUUCAAAUAAAAUGUGUCAUCUGUGAA